AUGUCGCAAAACGUACCAAAAAUCAUAAAUGAGUUUAGACCAAAAAUAUGUUGCGCCGCGAAAGAUACAAGCACACAAAAUGAAUUUGUUACAAUAACCAGAGAACGCAUGUUCUGGCGGCGCGAUGGUAUAAUUGUCAAGGUGCCUGGCAUUGUUGAUGUAGUGUCCGGGUUUGACAACAAUCUGCGCGAGAAUUUCAAGAAUUGUCACUUACUUAUUCCAGAACUUUUGCGUGUGGAAUAUGUUAAUGAGAAGGCAAGUUCAGCCAUUUUAAAUCCACUUAAAAAGCACGGAAUAGUGCUAAGCGGCACACUAUCGAAUGCACAGCGGCUCGCGAACAUUCCAGCUGUUGGUAAUACCGAUGAGUUCAAAAAUUUAACUCAAGUUAACAGUGGCGAAAAGUUAAUUGAGGCUAAUAAAGAGGAUAAAUCAAUUCGACUCGAUGGUUGGAAAAACAUUACGGUUGUCAUCACCUGCGACCUGCAAACGACUUGA